GUUAUGGAUAAGCAUUUUCUCCCCCAUUUUUCGAACCAAGAAAAACAAAGACCCUUUAAAGAAGCAAAUCCAAAAACCCAAGUAGCCAACCUUACACAAACAAAAACCACCAUUUUUGAGCUCCAACUAUAAUAUGAUUCUAAUACACCACAAAUCCAACCCGUCAUCCUAAAGCUCUCACUUCCUCUACAUCAAAGUCGUUUUUAUCAUUCUUCUUCUUCUUCUUCUUCUUCUUUUUACUUAUAGAGAGUAUCAGAGUCUUAGAGAGAACGCAAGAUGUCGGUUUUGGCAGCAAAUUCUCACAUUUUGUAUAGAGAAAUGCAUCACAGAGAGCAUCAGCAACAGUUUUGGAUCAGUGGGGGCAGCUUGUUGCUGCCCAAAGCUUCUUCUGGGUUUGGACUUUUGAACAGAAACAGAGAUGAUGGCAAGAAGAUGUUGAAGUGGGACUUCAAAGUUGAGGCUUUUUGGAAUGAUUCAAGACCCACUGUUGUAGCGCUGGAAGCCAUCAACGACUGUGAUCACUUUGAUCAGAUUCUAAGCCAUGCACAAGAGCAAUCCCAGCCCAUUAUCAUUGACUGGAUGGCAGCUUGGUGCCGCAAAUGCAUUUAUUUGAAGCCUAAAUUGGAGAAAUUGGCUGCUGAAUAUGACACCAAGAUCAAAUUCUAUUAUGUUGAUGUCAACAAGGUACCUCAAGCUCUGGUUAAGCGUGGAAACAUCUCUAAAAUGCCAACAAUUCAGAUAUGGAAAGAUGGGGAGUUUAAAGCAGAAGUUAUUGGGGGACAUCAAGCCUGGCUUGUACUUGAUGAAGUGAGAGAAAUGAUCCAAAAAUUUGUGUGAUGCUUGAUGUUUUGGUCUCCCUAUUUCUUGUAAUAUUUUUGUUUUCUUUCUUCUGCUAGGCCUCUGUUCUUGUAAACUUUUCUAACCACAGCAUAUAAUGAAGAACACAAUAUGUACAGUCAAAUUUCUUUC